AUCAAUAAUUCAAAAGUCUAAGUCUUGCUUUUUCCAACUUUCACUUUACUUACCUGAUACCCUAUUCUAUGCAUUGAAGAGAUAUCAUCAAAUCAUUCCCAAAUCCCAGAAGCCAAUUGAACUUCUUACCACAUAAACUUUCAUCAUUUCCACUGGAUUGUUAAGAGUUCUGGCGAAGAAGAUCAAAGAUUGAGGAACGCAAAUAGAGAAAAAGACAUAAAUAUCGUCCAGCAUCGACUUUUGCUAUGGAUAUCAACAGAAUCCAAAGCAGCUCUUCAUCACCUUUGUUUAAAUGGAAAUAUGAUGUGUUUGUGAGCUUUAGAGGUGAAGACACAAGGAACAACUUCACUGAUCAUCUUUUCGGUGCUCUCCAAAGAAAAGGCUUUGUUACUUUCAGGGAUGACACUAAGCUCAGAAAAGGAGAACAGAUAUCCACUGAGCUUCUACAAGCAAUUGAAGUAUCCAAGAUUUUGAUUGUGGUAUUCUCAGAAAACUAUGCUUCUUCCACAUGGUGCUUGGAAGAACUGGCAAAGAUUGCUGACUGCAUUGAAGUGCCAGGACAAACUGUUCUGCCUAUUUUCUAUGAUGUGAGUCCAUCUGAGGUGCGAAAACAAACCUGGGAUUAUGGAAAAGCCUUUGCAGAUCAUCAAGAAAGGUUCAAAGAAAAUUUAGGGAUGGUUCAAAAAUGGAGGGAAGCUCUAACACAAGUAGCCAAUCUCUCUGGCUGGGAUGUGAGGGAUAAGCCACAAUAUGCAGAGAUUGGAAAAAUCGUUCAAAAGGUAGCGUGCAUAUUAGCUCAAAAACAUUUAAAAUUACCGCAUGAUAUAGUUGGGUUGGACUCACGGGUAGAAGAACUUGAAAAGCUUCUGGCUUUGGACUCAGAUGAUAUUGGAGUUGUAGGGAUUUGUGGAAUGGGUGGAAUAGGGAAGACAACUCUUGCUACUGCUGUGUAUGACAGAAUCUCUAAUCAAUAUGAUGCAUCAUGUUUUAUUGAUGAUAUGAGCAAACUUUAUGCAAACUACGGUCCCAUUGGCGCACAAAAGCAACUUCUCUGUCAAACUCUCAGUGAAGAAGAAAAUCUUCAUAUAUGGAAUCUUCCUAAGGCAAAUAAUUUGAUUCGAACAAGGCUUUGUCAAACAAAGGCCCUCAUAGUUCUUGAUAAUGUUGAUCAAGUUGAUCAAUUGGAUAAAUUGGGUAUGGAACGAGAUUUGCUGGGUAAAGGGAGUAAAGUCAUCAUAAUUUCUAGAGAUGAACAUAUCUUGAGAUCAUAUCAAGUGGAUGAAGUUUACAUGGUUCAACCUUUGAAUGAUUACAAUGCUCGUCAAUUGUUUUGCAAAAAAGCUUUUAAAUGUAAUGAUGUAGUGAGAGAUUACAUGGAAUUGGUAUGUGAUGUUCUAAGUUAUGCUAACGGCCAUCCUUUAGCAAUUAAAGUAUUGGGUUCAUUUUUGUUUGGUCGUGAUGUUCCUGCAUGGAGAAGUGCAUUGGUCAGAUUGAAAGAAAAUCCAAGGAAAGAUAUAAUGGAUGGGCUUCGAAUUAGUUACGAUGCAUUGGAGAGCACCGAAAAGGAAAUAUUCUUGGAUAUUGCUUGUUUCUUUGAUGGCAAAAAUGAGGCAUAUGUGAAGGAAUUUCUAGAUUUUCGUGGAUUUUUCCCUCAAGUUGGUUUAAGAGUUCUCAUUGAUAAAUCACUCAUAACUGUUGAGAAGAGGCUUAUUAGGAUGCAUAAAUUGUUGAGAGAGCUGGGAAGGAGCAUUGUUCGAGAAAAAUCACCCAAAGAACCAAUAAAUUGGAGCAGGUUGUGGGACUACAAGGAUCUGCAAAAUAUUUUAUUAGAAAACAAGGAAGCGGAAAAUCUGGAAGUCAUAAUCGUGAAGAACUUUUCACCAGAUACAACAAUGAGGGCUCAUGUUGAUCAAAAAAAAAAAUAAAAAAAUGAGGGCUCAUGGUUUAUCAAAAAUGAGUCACCUUAAGGUGCUUGAGCUUUGGAAUAUAAAUUUUUCAGGAAGCCUCAAUAAUCUUUCUAAUGAAUUAGGAUAUCUUUCUUGGUAUGAAUAUCCUUUCACAUGUUUGCCAUCAGAAUUUCAAACUGACAAACUGGUUAAAUUGGAGCUACGCCGUAGCAAUAUCAAACAACUAUGGGAAGACUCAAAGCCUCUGCCCAGUUUGAGACGUAUUGAUCUCUCUAACUCGAAAAGUCUUAUUAAGACGCCAGAUUUUAGAGAGAUCCCAAAUCUGGAGCGGCUAGAUCUUGAAGGAUGCGUAAAACUUGUGCAGAUCCAUCCAUCCAUUGGAAUUUUGAAAAAGCUUAUUUUUUUGAACUUGCAAAAUUGUAAAAAUCUGGUCAGUAUUCCCAAUAGCAUUUUUGGAAUUUGUUCUCUUAAAGAUCUAAAUCUCUGUGGCUGCUCAAAAUUACUUAAGCUCUUAGAUAAAACAAAGGAUGGAGAUCAUUUGAAGAGGCUUGAAAUAAAGGAAAGAACUAUCCAACGACUGUCAACAUCAUCCAUCUACAAAAUUCUUAAGUUUCCUUUCCAUUCUCGGAGGCAUGGAGAUGCAUUUGGUUUAUUGCAAUUGCCUGAUUAUGCUUGUCUCCCAUGUUUGCAAUAUCUUGACCUAAGCUUCUGCAAUCUACUUGAGAUCCCUGAUGCUAUUGGGUUGUUACAUUCUUUAGAAAGAUUAAAUUUAGGAGGAAACAGUUUUGUGAAACUACCUUCUAGCAUCAAGGAACUUUCCAAACUUGUAGUUUUGAACCUGGACUACUGUAAGCAACUAAAAUACUUGCCUGAGCUCCCAUCAAGAACUCUCUUGCGAAUAAGAAGCGGAACAUUUUAUUCAUGGUUUUAUAUUUUUGAGUGUCCUAAAUUGUGUGAGAUGGAUCGCUGUUAUAGCAUGGCUUUUUCUUGGAUGAUACGAAUCCUAAAGGCACUUCACAUGCAAUCCUCUUCCGCCCUUGGUCAUGUUGAAAUUAUUAUUCCUGGAGCUCAAAUUCCAAUGUGGUUCUCCAAUCAAAAUAUAGGUCGUUCAAUAAGGCUGGAUCCUUCUCCCAUUUUGCUUAACAAAAAUUGGAUAGGUGUUGCUUGCUGUGUAGCAUUUGUGGGGCAUCAUGAUCCAACUAAUUUGAGUGAUGACAUAGGUUCUCCCAUUCUUUGCGGUUUCCAAACGAAAUUGAAUGGGUACUUUUCCCCCAUGCAAGCACAGGUUGGGAAAGAUCUGAUCACAGAUGGAUUAGAUCACAUGUGGCUACUCUUUUUCAGUCGAGAGGAAUUUUUUAGGAUAUAUGCAACAAAAGGAAUACAUGAUCUUCUUGAUGGUAUGAAAUUUGAAACCGAUGUUGGGCAUCCCAAAGGUUUGCAUUACGAGGUGAAAGAGUGUGGGUAUCGUUGGGUAUUUGAGGAGGAUCUGGAACAAUUAAACCCAGAAAUGAUGUAUAGUGGAAAUUCAUUAGAUCGGAAGCAAAAGUUCAUAGCAAAUCAUUAGCUGUGUUGUAUCACUGAGACGUUUAAUAAUCCAUUUGAGGCUGGAGUCAAUUUUAACUGUGAACAUUGUUCAAGUCAUGAUUAGUAUUGGGCCUUGGAUUGCCAUGAAUGAUCUGCAGCUAGUUGUCAUGAUUUGGAGGGGGAAAAGCUCCUAAAUCACCUAAUAAAUUUGAAUCAUUUGAAGGAGUUUUACCAGUGGGAUUCAAAGAGAGGGUUCAAGGACGAGGGGUUGUGUGCAUAAGGGUAGGAUUGAUAAGCAGCAUCUUAAAAGUUUGUGUUGAAGUGGAGAAAGCUGAAAAAGAUGGACAAAUGAGAGUGCCUGCAAUGCUCUGAAAAGUGAGGUCGGAGAAAUCAUACUAGGUCGAGAAGACUUUGCAAUCUGAAGUGUGUGUAUAGUGAUAUUUUAUAUCACAGGCUUCCAAGCUAUACUCGGGUCAUUUCCUAGUGUCAUGUAUGACAGUCAAUUUACUUUUGUAUCUGUAAAAGUUAAGAUGCAAAAGUGUGCAGAAACUUUCAGUGAAUAAAGAUGUAUUGUGUUGAUAUGUUGAGGAUUAAGUGUAUUUAUUGGUGUUUGUAUUUAUUGUGGAAGAGGGCCUUGCAUUUCUUCAGUUAAUUAA